AUGAAGAAGCCGGACGGGAAUGUGGUGCUGCUGCGGGGACAAUUGAACGUGGCAAAGACCUCCCUGCUGCACCGCUACAUGGAGCGGCGCUUCCAGGAGACGGUCAGCACCGUCGGCGGCGCCUUCUACUUGAAGCAGUGGGGUCCGUACAACAUCUCCAUCUGGGACACCGCAGGACGGGAGCAGUUCCAUGGCCUUGGGUCUAUGUACUGCAGAGGAGCAGCUGCUGUGAUCCUCACGUACGAUGUGAACAGCUUCCAAAGCCUGACAGAGCUGGAAGAAAGAUUCUUGGCACUGACAGACAGUGCAAGUGCUGACUGCAUUUUUGCUAUUGUUGGAAAUAAAGUUGACCUCAGUGAUGACUGUACUUUACCACCAGAUGAAAAUAGACCUGAGAAGUCUGUUGCCAGCUGUGGCUCGAAGGUGCGAAAACAAGUCCGUGCAGAGGAUGCGAUUGCGCUCUACAAAAAGAUACUGAAAUACAAAAUGCUAGAUGAGAAGGAUGUUCCAGCAGCUGAGAAAAUGUGUUUUGAGACCAGUGCAAAAACAGGAUACAAGGUGGACUACCUCUUUGAAACUGUGUUUGAGAUGGUAGUCCCAAUAAUUGCUCGGCAGAAGGCUGAGGGGCCAACCCAAACUGUAGACAUCACGGACUACAAGCCAGCAAAAAGGACAAAGUCAGGUUGUUGUGCCUGACCCGUUUACGUGAUGUAAGAAAAGGGGAGGGAUUGUUCGCUCCAGCAAAAUGAGGAGUAAGAAGUGCUUGCAGCUCACCAGAAAGGAAAAGUCAAAGCAUAAAUAAAUAGACUAAAAUGGUGUAUCCAAAAAGAAACCAAAACCAACCCAACAAAAAAAUCUUCUGACCAUUAAAAGCUUCUGGGAAGCUCUCUGUAUAAAAAUGGGAAUGCAAGUGAAAUUAUGGAGUAAGACUUGCCAGUUUCUAUGGGCUCUGAAGACAAAUGGUGUGUUAGUACAAUUGGUAGUGACAAUCAUUUGGACAGUUUUGAAAGAGUCUGACUUUUAGUGACUUGUCAUUUCAUGUUGCAUAUAAAUGAUCUGUUUGUGUACUCUUGACAACUUUCAUAUAAUUAUCAUUUUUCCCCUUAUGAUUCUAACUUUGGAAGAUUGAACACAUGGUACUUUUUUAUUCUUAAGAUUAAAAAUAGAAAAUCCAGGUAUAAUUUAUAUUUGUAGCUAAUAAGUCAAUUACAGUCUUUUUAUGUCAGACAUGACAGUGUACAAUUCAGAAACUGAACUAUUAAAAUCACUGUGGAUCUGUACUAUUCAUUUGGAGACUUUAUUAAUGGCAAUUCUCCUUCCAUAGUGGCCUUCCAUGUAUUAACAAGCAGCAUCACAGCUCUUGCUGCUCUAAUUGCGAUUUGCAGGAGGAAGUUUUUUUGGUUCAUUUUUGUCUUAUGUUUCUUUUUAAUGUAGAUAGCAAAGUGUUUUUUGGGAAAGAAAGCAGCCUAUUUUGUCUGCAUUUUUGUAAAGACCUCUUUCUAGUGCCUGUAGGUAUACCUGUGAGUACCUGUGUUCUAUCUCCCUUCCCACUCCUUUUCAAGCUGCAGAGCUGCAGCUUUGAUUUUUAUCAGCUAUGCAUGACAUUACUACCUGGAGUAGUAAUUACCUCUACCUGGAGGGAAGUGAAGACGGGUGUGUUCUGAUGUGGAACUAAUGCAGGGAAGACAAACUCUCUUUUGUGGAGUAAAAAGCGUGUGAAGGAGCAAUAAUGAGGUACAUGGUUUCUCUCCUGACUGCAGUAAAAAGGAGGGGCUUAAUACAGCUCCUACAGCUCUUGGCUACAAAGAAUGCAUGCAGUGACCCAGGAGCUAUGACUAGAGUGAAGAACUUCUAGUCUUUAAACACAGCCCCCUCCUCCCCC